AUACCUAUAAAGGAGAGCAUCAUGAAGAAGAAAACAGAGGAAGUUGUCAUCGAUGGAUGUCCCAGAAAACCUCCUAGAUCCAGAAAGAGGAAAAGCUCAUAUGACAAUAACGACACCUGCAAUGGAAAAUCUGUAAAGGGGAUGAGCGUUGAUAAUCACAUAGUAGAUGGUGCAGAGGAUCCUAAAACAACCAAAACCAGAAAAACGAGAAAACUAAGAUCAUCAACUCAAACAAUCAAAAAGCCUUCCAACACGAAAACUGAAGCAUGUGUACCAGUAAGAACAAUUUUUAGCAGAAUCUUUGAUGCUGUUAACAACAUAAAUACAAGCUGUGGAAGGGCUACGAGUUUGAAACGCGUCGAUAUUAAUGGUUCCCCAUUGUUUACAAAACCGACUUUCCAAGUGCCUGAUAGAACUCCAGUAAGUGCUGUCACACUGAACAGUCAAAAGCGAACCACACGUGGUCGGAAGUUGAUGCGAGAUCUUUCCAGCCUGCAAACAAUUGAGACGGAAACAAAAUGUAGUAGCCCAGAAACCACGGAAGAUGAGUUAUCAAAUGAUGAAUCAAGUUGUUCUAGAGACAAACCUUCAGGAUGUGUUCAGCCUCAACCGGAAUUCGCAGAGGUUAGAUCCAAGAAUCCACGAAAGCCGUGUGUCCAAGCUGAAACUAAGAAACAACCAAAAUCGACAAAAGGAACCAGAGGGAGGAAAGUGAAAACAAAGGAACCAUUAAAACUUGAAUAUAAUGAUGAGGGUGAUAUGACAUAUCGUUGCACUCACUGUGAUGCUAAGUUUUGGUAUGGUGAACGUAUCAACAAGAAGAAGAGGUCACGCAAUCCAGUCUUCACGCUUUGCUGUAUGCAGGGACAAGUAACGUUGCCGUUGCUAAAGGAUCCUCCUCCUGAAAUUAAAAAUUUGAUUUAUGGAGAUGAUGAAUUAAGCCGACAUUAUCAGAAGCACAUCAGGCCUUACAGCAUGCUUUUUUCCUUCACUUCAAUGGGUGGAAGAGUUGAUCGUUCUGUAAAAAAAGGGAGGGGUCCACAAAUGUUUCAGUUGCACGGAGAGAAUUACCAUUUAAUGGGCAGCAUGAUUCCACAACCUGGAGAUUAUGCAAAAUUCUAUCAGAUGUAUAUUGUUGACAUGGAGAAUGAGAUCGAAAAUAGACUCACUUUCCUCAGCAAGGCUAAAAAUGCUAAAGAAUCAACUAAGAAGAACCGACUACGGAAGGAAAUCAUUGAAUUGUUCGUCAAGGUCUUAGAUGAGCACAACCCGUACGUGAAGACUUUUCGGUCUGCAAGAGAGAGAUUCAACACUGACCCUGAGCACAGUUUUCACAUGAGGAUUAUAAGUGAUCGUGUUACUGAUGGAAGAACUUACAACACUCCUACGGCUUCUGAGGUUGCUGCAAUCAUUCCCGGAGAUUUCAAUUUUGACAUGGGGAAGAACCGUGAUAUAAUCCUACAAAAACAAUCCGGAAAGCUGAGGCGUAUUAGCGAGAUUCAUCCGUCGUAUAUCCCACUACAAUAUCCUACGUGUUUUGUUUAUGGAGAAGAUGGUUUCAGGCUUGGAAUUAAGAAAGCAGAUUCAGUUUACGGGAAAAAAUAA